GGCGGCAGAGCAGCAAGAAGGAGGAGAAGAAGAAGAAGAAGAAGAAGAAGAAUAACAUCCGGUCGGCAGCAGCAGCGGGUCUCAAGCAGCCCGGUGGCGGACCGGACUAGAAGCUUCUCCCGGUCCACCGGAGGAUCACGUCCGCGGAGUUCUUCUUACGCCGCCACACGGAGGCCAGCCCGCGGGCUAAGCUAAAGAUAAAGCUAACGGCUAAAGCUAGCGGCUAGCGGCGCGGGGCGAUGUUCGGCUGUCUGGUCGCCGGCCGGUUGGUGCAGACGGACGCGGCGCAGGUCGCGCCAGACAAGUUCGUGUUCCACGUGGCGGACUACGAGACCGUGAACCACGUGGUGGUGUUCAUGUUGGGCACCGUGCCGUUCCCCCCCGGUACCGGCGGGGCCGUGUACUUCUCCUUCCCGGAUCCGGCGAGCGGCGGCGCGGUGUGGCAGCUGCUCGGCUUCAUCACCAACGACAAGCCGAGCGCCAUCUUCCGGAUCUCCGGGCUGGCGGCCGGGGAGGGCGGGGCGCACCCUUUCGGCUCCUCCCCCUCCUCCGUGGCUCAGGUGGGCGUGUCCGUGGAGGCGCUGGGCCUCCUGGCCCAGCAGACCCCGGUGUCCGGCGCCGCCGCGGCCACCGUGGACGCCUUCGCGCAGUUCGCCCAGAAGACGCUGGACAGUUUGUACAACUUCGCCGCGUCGUUCGCCGUGACGCAGGCGCAGAUGACGCCGAACCCGUCGGAGACCUUCAUCCCUUCCAGCUGCGUCCUCAAGUGGUACCAGAACUUCCAGAGGAGGAUGAGCCAGAACCCAAACUUCUGGAAGACCUGAGACCAUGAACUACACACGGUGCCUUCAGGUGUUUAGCCUGUUACGCGCAAUUUCAUUCAAAUAAAGAAUACACAUUCAUAAGAAAUACA